AUGGGUAUCAAAGGACUCCACGGACUCCUCAAAUCCAUUCAAAAGCCAUGCCAUCUCAAGAAGUUUGCCGGCCAGACUCUCGCGGUUGACGCCUACGGAUGGCUGCACCGUGGUACAGUGGCUUGUUCCGUGGAUCUAGUUUUGGACAGACCAACGAGAAAACAUAUUGAUUUUGUUCUUCAUCGAGUUCGCAUGCUUCUUUACUUCGGAGUGACACCCUACCUCGUAUUCGAUGGCGACGACCUCCCCAGCAAGGCAGCUACCGAAGCAGAUCGACACCGUCGCCGCCAAGAGAGCAAGGCUCUAGGACUGGAGUUACAACGUAAGGGCAGAAUACCGGAGGCCUACCAGGAGUUUCAAAAAGCCGUCGACGUGACACCAUACAUGGCUCGUCAACUGAUUGAAGAAUUGAAGAAAAUGGAUGUGCAGUAUGUCGUCGCACCAUAUGAGGCCGAUCCCCAGAUGGUGUAUCUUGAACAACAGGGGAUUGUACAUGGAAUCAUUUCCGAGGACUCGGAUUUGUUGGUAUUUGGUGCCAAGCGCCUGCUGUCGAAAUUGGACCAGCAUGGUGAGUGUAUUGAAAUCAACCGAGCAGACUUUACUGCCUGUCGAGAAAUAAGUCUGGUCGGAUGGAGUGAUGCAGAUUUUCGUCGGAUGUGCAUACUUAGUGGGUGUGACUAUUUGGCCAAUAUUCCUAAGAUGGGAUUGAAGACGGCAUAUCGGAGCAUUCGCAAGCAUCGGACCGUGGAAAAGGCCUUGCGGAUGCUUCCGUUUGAAGGCCAGUACAGGGUCCCAGCUGAUUACCUGACCAACUUCAAGCAGGCCGAGAAUACUUUCCUCUACCAGCGUGUUUUUUGUCCAAGUGCUAAAAAACUGAUCACUUUAACAUUCCCCGAAGAUGGGGUAAAUCUCGAGGAAAUGCCCUUUAUCGGGGCUGAUGUGGACCCAGAAACUGCGGCUGGGGUCGCUUCCGGGGAUCUAGACCCGACCACUAAGGAACCUAUUCAAAUGAAACCGUUGGCUGCAGGUAAAGUGCCCCUCGGUAUUAGUCGUCGCCAGACCUUGGGGUCAUCUUCAGAGCUGAAGUCCAGCAAGUCCAUCAACUCGUUCUUUACUCCGAAGCGCAAGCCUCUGGCCGAGCUGGACCCGAACAGCCUGACUCCAUCGCCCAGCCAGCAGAGACUGCUGGAACGAAAUGCGAACAACUCUUGGCAACCCAACUCGGCGCCCUUGCGCUCUAACACAGUAAGGGCAACACCCGUUCGGGCCUUCUCUGACCUCAGCCCUAUGAUUCGGAGUGUUGGGCGAAAUACAGUCUUGGCACAAACAUCACGGGCGCCGGCCACGCAACCAUCUAAGCGGCAGAGGCUUUGCUCAGAGGUUGAAGAUGACUCGCUUCCUACUCCCAAUGUACAAAGUCGGUUUUUCGCUGCUGGUGAGCAAGUGAGCCCCAGUGGUGAGAAAUUAUCUCGAACCAGAAAAUCACGCAAGUCAAUGCUAGACAUCUUUUCGGAUGAAGUAGCGGAAGACAUCUUCUCACAGAUUCCUGAUCCUGAUCUAAAGGUGAACACGAGUAUGCAAGACCAAGGGGACAUACAUCAUGAAGACAUAACUUCAGAGACAAAGGUGGUUGAAGUUGAGGUGGAUGCGAAUGUCGCGCCGGCUUUGAAGAUCGAUAAUGCUCAAGCACAAGAGGAGACCACAGACCAGUCCGGCAUCUCCUGCGAGGACAGCAAUUUCAACGAGGCUCUUGAUUACCAUGUCAAGCGGCAGAACUCGACUAUCUCCAAAUUCACAUUCAGGUCUGGAUCCAAGCCAGCCUCUCCUGUGCAGCGUUCCAAUAUGACUAGAAUUCCGGUGAUCCAAUCGAGCCAUGGAGAUACGUUUUUGUCAUCCCCUCAGACACCUGCAGUCGCUCCUCGGAAUUCAACACCUCAACGACACCGUCUUACUCCGCUGGCGCGGCUAGGUCAAUCGGCUCUGACUCGCUCACGUAGCAUCAACUUCCCUACUUCCAUUCGACAUGCCAACUCUUCGGCCUCUCAGUCGGAUGAAACACCGGUCGUCACCCAAACCAACACGCCUCAGGGCAGUGAGGACCUUAUUGCCCGAGAUAGCGAUGAAUCGGAAGAAGAGAUUGACACCAGCUUUGGAAAGACCCCCAAGCUGGAUUUCAAGCGGUUUUCGUUUGCCGCCAAAUGA